AUGUUCCGAAGCAAGAAGAAGAAAGCUGGUAGCCGCAAACGACGCGAGGUGGAGGCGGAGAGCGAAAAAGCCGAGAGCGACCUUCAAGUACUGGAGGAGCUCCGUCGCAGUCGCUCUCGCCCCUCAAAGAGCGCUAUGACCUUCAGUUCGAGAAGUACAAGUACCAGCGGACUGCUGAGCUUUGACGAUGGAGAGCGCCAGACGAAGCAAAAGAAGAGAAAGAUGCGACCUAAUCUCGUGGUGUCCAGCACUGUGGACGUUGAGAUGGAGGAACCAAUUGGCCAGUAUUCCACCGAGAUGCUGGCGUCGCUACGAAGUGAGCAAAGUGUGCUGCUGUCUAGUAAGAAGGAGGAAACGCCAGAAGACACGAGACACAGUAAGAACCGCGUGACAUUUGGCGAGCAUGCAGAUGGGUUUGGGAUCUCAAAGACGACGGAAGUUGUAGAAGACGUGGCGACUGAAGAGGAAGAUGACGAACAGAACAGACGGUGGGAGGAGGAACUCAUGCGUCGUGGUGGACACCGUAUACCUUCAACGUCGGAGUCGAAGGGAAGACGUUCACGUGAUGGUCUGCCUGCUUAUCCGAUGAGGAGAAACGUGGCGUGUGUAUCGCUCGGGACUGUACUUGGUAAACUGGAAAAGAGUCUGGAGUCCACCACGUUUGAAGAUGAGCGUGUCUCACGUGAAUUAUCUCGACUGGAGGCUGAGGCUGCUCUGAUCGAGACGACGUUGAAGCAGCAGCAAGAAGAGCUGCUCGUCAGCAGCGAAGAGUUUGAUUAUUUCCAGGAAAUCGAGGAUUUUGUCAAGGGAUUGAGCUUUUGUUUACGUGAGAAAGCUCCCGUUAUCAAAGCAAAGGAGAAGUGCAUUGUGGAUGAGCGGGUGCAACGAGUGAAGACAACACAGCAAGAAGAAAAGCGUGGCAUCGAAGAAGACAUUAUGAGUUUUCUCAACUCUGGAGUGUUGCAGCAAAGUGACGUAUUUGGUCUAAAGCACUUGGAUUUACUCUCCAGUGGAGAAGCUGUAGCGCCCUUAAAUGACGCGCUGCGUGCAGCACGUGUGCUUAAGUAUCAGCAGCAUUUCACAGAAUCCUAUGUGGCGGGUCCACAACAAAAAGACGAAGAUUUAUUCGCUGAUGCGAUCGAUGAAAUCAACUCGCUUGAGCGCGUGUAUGGGCGUUUUCAGGAGUGGAAGGCGAAAUUCCCAGAAACUUACAAGAGUACGUACUGCGAGCUAGCACAGGAGAAGGUCUUCGCUCCUUACGUUCAAACAGAACUGCUGCACUGGGAUCCGCUGGCUAUGGCAGACACUGAUACGAAGCUCAAGUCGCUUAAGGAUUUCGCUUGGUUUCGUGUUCUUAGUCAGCACCGACUUGGUAGCGAUGAGGCUGUGGAUGGCCCACUGCUCUAUCAAGUCCGCGAUGUACUGUUUGAGAAGGUUUGUGCUGCUGUAUCAAGCUACUUUGACCCGUACUCGAGUCUCCAAGCACGCAGUUUGUCCCUGGUGCUAGAAGAAAUAAAUCGACACGGCUAUUACACUCUCGUCGAAGAGAAGCUUCAUACGUUGGCAAACACAGCACUCGAGUCUUUUUCAAGUGAAGCCAAGCGCACAGUACUCGUCGCCAUGGACCAUAACAACCAGGAUGCCAGCCUGUUCUCCCGCUAUCAGCUGGAAAGGUUCAACACGCUCCAAGACAACCUCCUUACUCUGUUCGUCAAUCUACCCAAAGGAGCACUCGCAGCCGCUGGUUUCCGCUGUUUGUUACAAGUUUUUCAUCAACUCCUGGCCUACGUUCGAUACUGCGAAGACACUCACAAGACGCAGCUAGUUGUAACAGCGACACAAGUCGUGAGGCAGCUCUCUGGUUCGUCGUACCUGCUUCAGGUUUUAUCUGAGCCCAGUCAAGAAUGUGAACUGAAGCACAUAAUGGAGCUGUUCUCACCAUUUCUACAACACGCUGCUCAAUAG